CCCCCCUCCCCUUCCCCCCUUCCCUUCCCAUAAUCCCUCCAAUCCCUCCAAUCCCCGGAUCCCUAUCCCCAUCCUCACCUUCUUAUUUGUCCGCCUCUCGUCUCGUCUCGUCUCGUCUCUCCUCGCCUCUCUUCCCUCAUCUGUCUCCCUCACUAUCUUCCCAUCUCUUCUUCCAUCUCACAUCUUCCUUCCUUCUCCAAUUCCUCCCAACUUCAAGACCACCCUCCCCGCCACAUACCCACAUACCUUCAACUAUUCAAUUCGAUUUCACCAGUUUACCUGUACUCUAUUACAAAAGACCUCAUUGUCACUCUUUAUUAAAUAACUCUCUUCCUUUCCCCUUCACUUCUCACUUCAUUACUCCCGGUUGCCUUAUUAUCCCUGUUCCCCGGUUGUAGCCUUGUCCGGUCAUGGGUUCCAUUGGUCAAUCCGCGUCGGCUUCACUCCCAGCACUCGACUUUAAAGAACAAACCUCAGCUCAGCACUUCGGAAACUAUGGCACAUCUUCAGUCUUCGCUCCGUCGAGCCAUCACUCAAUGGAAGUUGGCUCCGGCUACCAAUCCCACCCAGAGCCCCAGCAACGCGCCGGCCGCAAACGCUCACGCGACGAGGCUGGAAUCAACCUAGAAGACAACGAUCUCUUCCGCCAGGCCGUCAACGCAUCGCUUGAAUUAGGCCAGAAUGCGGGAUACGGCGAAGGAACAACUCUGUUCGGGCUCAAUGGCUCCCUCGUCGACUCUGGCAGCGAGAAGCGAUCAUGCGCCGAUGACGCGUACUCGCUUCCCGUCGCCCCUCCAUCGAUAACGCCAAUGCCGAUACUGCGCAGCCACAAGUCGCAGCGACUGGACAUGGGCAACGUGUCUUCAAAGACGGAGGAAGGAAAUGCCUGGAAUGGCAACACGCCCUCGUCGAGCCCGACCAGGCAGAGCCCGAAGCGAGGUCCUACAGUCGAUGAUUACACGAUGCACCUCGGUGUCGGAUGGAGCAGGAUAAGCAACGACGUGGACAUGCAGGCCGCAGCCCGGGGAUGGGCGAAGUACAUCGGGAACCACUUCCACAUCAGCAGCCCGAAGAUACUCUUACAGAGCAACGGCCUCGCGAGCUACCUCGUCGAAGCGAAGGAGGGCUGGUUCCUUUUCGGCGAGGACUUGGCACAGGGAAGGCUGGUCGCGACGUCGCUGGACCGGACGUUUGAUAACCUCCGCACCUCGCCGCCGGUCUUUGAUGGAGCGGAGGUCUUGGUUCCUGUCACUGAGCCGACGAAACAGGCUGUGGAGGCAACGAAUCAGGAUAUGGUGGAUGAGGAGCCGCAUGUUUACGCGGGCUCGAUGAAUCGGAGGAAGGAGUACUUGAUUAGCUCUGGGAUGAUGGGGGAUGGUAGAGCUGGGUUUCAUGAUAUCAGCCGGCAGGAUCCGGAGGAUGGGAUGGAUAUGAGCUGAGUCUAUGGGGAGGUUACGAGAUGAAGAUCCAAUGCGCUGGGGCUUAUGAAUAGAGCUUAAAAACCAGCUUGCCUAUAAUGGCUUGGAUGGAAGGGUGGUGUGUUAUAUAAAUGCUCGUGUCGCUCAAAAGUGCGAAGAGGCAUUGCAAUGCUAGGAAUUGAUACCUGCUAUAGAAUUGAAGACAACAUAAUUGCUCAAUUUAACACAAGUUUCAAGGAACUGGAUGAUUGAAAAGUUGUGAUGUGACAAUGAUAGUUAUGGG